AAGCGACGACGAUGACAAGCGUAGUAAUUAUAGGUGGUGGUAUAAUUGGAGUUUGUACUGCAUACUUUCUAAGUAAAGAAGAUGGUGUUGAUGUCACAAUCAUUGAGAAUACUGAUAUCGCAUGCGGAGCAUCCGGUAAGGCAGGUGGAUUUUUAGCAAAAGAUUGGCAUGGAAGUGCUACAGAGAGUUUAGGAGAUCUCUCAUACGAUUUACAUAAAAAACUGUCCAAUAAAUACAAUGGUGAACAACGCUGGCAAUAUCGUAACAUUCAAUCGUCGAAUGUUCUCCUUAAAGCGAUCAAAUCAACUAACGACAACAAGCCAAAACUGAACGUAGUACAUGAUAAUGAUGAGCCAUUUAGACCGCGUCCUCCAGCAAAAAGUGAAUCAAACAUAGACUGGAUCUCUAAACCACUUGAAGACGCCCGAGGAAUUAUAUCACAUGAAAUGGUUUCAGAUGAGGAUACUACAUCACAAGUAGAUCCCUAUUUGUUCACUACUAGCAUCUUUGAAGAAGCUACGAAAAAUGGCACAAAAUUUGUCAAAGGUAUAGCAAAGACAUACAAGAACAACGUUAUAACUUUAGAAAGCGGCGAAGAGUUACCUGCUGAUAAGUUAGUUUUAGCAGCUGGACCGUGGACUCCAAGCGUUUUCAAAAUGCUUUUCCCUCAAUCUGAAUUUGACCUUCCAAUUGAUGCUUUACCUGGAUAUUCCUUGAUUUUGCAACCAAAUAACUUACCAGCGCCUCAUGCUGCUUUUACUACUAUACUCGGAUCUGACAGUAUCUGUAUGAGUGGUACACCUGAACUAUUCAGUAGACCAGAUGGGUCUGUAUACGUUGCAGGUGAAAAUGAAGGUCCCGAAUUGCCAUCGACAGCAGGUGAUGUGAACGAUGUUGCAUUGACACAAAAAGAAAGAUGGGAUAUGCUUUUGUCAGCUGUUCAUGAACUUGGUCCUUCAUUAGCGAAUGCUAACGUGUUGAAGAAGCAGCUCUGUUAUAGACCAAUUACGCAUCGCAAACGCCCAAUUGUCUCUUCGUUGAAGAGCGUCGUUGGUGAUAAUGUCUUUGUUUCGUCAGGACAUGGACCAUGGGGUAUCUCCCUUGCACCUGGCACUGGACUUGUUCUUUCUCAAUUAGUGUUGCAUGGCAAAGCAACAAGCGCGGAUAUCUCACAACUCACAAUAGAAAAUUUUUAAAUAUAACCCGAACAUGUCUAUAAAUUGAUGAUCUGAAUCAUACAACAAAAGCGUUUUACUCGGAAUAAUGAAGUUUUGCCGGAUUAACAGAACUGUCUAAUCUGACUGCAAACAUUUCGGUUUCUGCCAAAACGAUAACCAAUCCAUCUCCAACGAUGACGAAAUUAGCUGAAGUAGUUCCUACAUUGAUUAAACCUAAUAGAUCACCGCGCUUGUCCCAAACUGAAACACCAUCACCCACACCUGACCACACGUUACCUUGAUCAUCGCAGUGUAUGCCAUCGGGAACGCCAGUGAGAGCAUGUGCGAACAAACGACGAUUUCUGAAAGUAAGGAAACCGUCAUCGUUUAUAAUAUCAUAUGCAUAGAUACUUGCUGGAAGGUGAGUAUUUACUGUACCAUUCAUAGCACCUGUAUCCGUGCUAAAUGAGUUAUUUAAUGAGUACCCACGUCGUUAUUUUACACUUACACAUAAGCGACUGAUUCAUCAGGACUCAAGGCAAUUCCAUUUGGAUGAACAAAGUCGGAUGCCAAUGGUCUCACUUUACCUGUGUUAAUAUCAAAUGUAUAGACCAUUUCAGGAAGUUGAGGGAAUGGGGAGAAAUCUUGCAAAAAUCCGUACAAGCUGUCGACGAAGAUGAUUUGGUUGCUUGAAUGUAUCUAUCGCUUUUAGAUAAACAAAACUUGCUUUAUUAAAACCUACCUUUAAAUCAUUAAGAGAGUUGAAUGUCUAAUAAACACAACGUGAGCUUUUGUUCUACUUG